AUGUUAGUAUUGAGAGGGCUUUAUAGGGAGAGUGAUGUGAAAUGCAAGAGUGAGCUUCGCGUUAAUAGAAGAACUUUCAAUAUUAUUUGUGAGAUGCUUAGAGACAUUGGGGGUUUGAGUGGAACAAAAAACAUGUCGCUUCAAGAGAUAGUUGCCAUGUUUUUAUACACGUUGGCUCAUCAUAAGAAGAAUAGGUCUAUUGGACAAUACUUCUUUAGAAGUGGAGAAACCAAUUGUUUAGGGGCAUUAGAUGGGACUUACAUUAAUGUAAAUGUGCCUUCACAAGAACGACCAAAGUAUAGAACAAGAAAAGGAACAAUUGCUAUGAAUGUAUUGGGUGUUUGUGCACCUAAUAUGCAAUUUAUUUAUGUUCUUCCUGGUUGGGAAGGUUCGGCCCAUGAUAUGCGUGUACUUCAAAAUGCUCUUUCUAGACCAAACGGUUUUAGGGUACCUCGAGGGUAUACGAAUUGUGAGGGUUUUCUUGCUCCAUAUAGAGGUCAAAGAUACCAUUUAAAAGAAUGGACGGAUCGACAACCCGAAAGUGCCGAGGAAUUCUAUAACAUGAAACAUGCUAGGGCGCGAAAUGUGAUUGAGAGAUGUUUUGGCCUACUUAAAGGAAGAUGGAGUAUACUUAGAAGUCCUUCAUUUUUCCCUAUUCGAACUCAUGGACGUAUCGUGAUGGCUUGUUGCUUAUUGCAUAAUCUAAUUAGAAAAUUCAUGCCUACGGAUGAUAUAAAAGAAGAUGAAUUGAGUGAAUCCGAUGAUGAUUCCGAGAGUGAUUCUGAUGAUGAGAGGGAGUUUAUUACAAGUGUUGCUACUUCAGAUCAUUGGACCAAUUUUAGAAACACAUUAGCCCAAGAUAUGUUUAACGAUUGGAGGAUGGAGGCUAGUCAAGCUAAGGGUGAGGCAAGCAAUCGAGGAAGAGGCAAAAAUAAAAGGUAUUGGACGUAUGAAAAAGACACGGUUCUAAUAAGAUAUUUGCAUGAGUUGAGUGGUGAUCCGAAGUGGAAGUGUGAGAAUGGGUUUAAGAAUGGUUACAUGAAUAAGUUGGAAGAGAUGAUCAAUCGUGUACUUCCUAAUUGCGGCUUGAGAGCGGUUCCCCACAUUGAGUCAAGGAUCAAGCAUUGGUCGGAGAAAUAUAGUGCAUUGGCGGAAAUGUUAUCCACCUCAGGAUUUGGAUGGGAUGUUGAGAAGAAGAUUCUACAAGUUGAUAAGUCGGUGUUCGACGGAUAG